AUGCCGAUGAUUCAAAUAUCGAUUUUGUUUUCCAUAGGUCUGUUGGAUACGGUCAGCAAAUUGGGUGCCGCUGCUAGAUUCGUUAAUGACAUCUUUAUAACCGAAGAAACGAAUUUAUUAGAUGCUAAUGAAAAUUUGAUUAAUAAGAAACGUUGUAUGGCUAUUUUAUUACAUGAAUAUUUUACCAAACAAAUUAUACUCGCAUCAGUCAUUCAUAAUGGGAAAACAUAUAAUUUACGUAAAGAUGCUCUUGAUGCUUUUCGAUUAUUAUUAAAACAACGAAAACCAAGUGCAACUUUAUCAGUUAUAACACAACAAAUCAAAUCUGUUUAUGAUGAAAUUUCUAUUGCUAAUUUUGUGGUAUUCCUACAGACUUUACUGAAAGAAAAAGAUAAACUUCUAAAGGAUUUGAAUGGAUUUAAAAGUGAUUUUAAAAGAAUUGAUAAUCAAGAUACAUAUGCACGUCUAUUGGAUAAAGUACGUGGAUGUCCAGAUCUAUGUCCAUGUUGUAAACGACCAUGUGAUGUUGAUCAUACACAAAUAAAAUGGAAACCAGGUUCACAAUAUAAUGAACAUCGUUGUUUAUCUGGUCAUACAUUACGUGCUAUGAAUGGUUAUAAAUUCGAAAUCACUGAAGAAGCAUCAUUAUUCAUGUGUGAACAGAUCAGAGAUGAUAAUGUCAUUGUCAUCGGUCCAACACGUUAUCAAUGGUUACAAUUCAAAAAGGAACAUCCCGAUUGGAUAUUCGAUUCGGCAUUGAACGAUGUGGGAUUAAAUCGAUUACAUGGCAAAUUUUUAACCGUAUGGGCAAAAAUUGGACCAAAACCUUGUGAGAAAUACCGUAUGAAAUAUGUGACACACAAUAUACCUCAAAAAAUUGUUCAUAAAACUUAUCACUUCAUUUUACUUCUGGAUGCAUCGCGAUCCAUGCAUGGUGAUCGAUGGGAUCAUUUGAUGGCUGCUGUUCAAGAAUUUGUAAGGCGCCGUAGUGAAUUAAAAACGAAUGAUCGGAUUACAAUCAUUGUUUUCUCGGACAAAAUUGAAACUCCCUUUACAGACAAAGAAAUUCAGAAUGUCGAUGUAAGCCAAAUACCAUAUCUUGAUGGAUGUACAUCUUUAGUUCUGCAUUCGCACGUUGACGGCGAAGAUUGUUAUCCAGAAAGUGAAUUAGAUCAAAUAUUAGAAGCUCAUGAUACAGUUAUUAAACGAUUUUGGACAUUAGCGCUGGGUGAUGAAAAAUCUACAUCCAUGAAAACUUUAGAAAAAAUUAAUGAAAAGAUGAAAGGUGCGUUCUAUGAUAGAGAAACAUCCGCUGGGAAAAAUCAGGGCGCAUGA